AUGCUUUUCGGUGCUGUUCUCGCGACUAUUUGGGAUACUCCUUUCGUCGUCUUUAUGAUUCCUUUUUUCUUUUGUGGUCCUACGUCUAUUUUUCUCAUAGUAUGGUGGUGUAUUAUUCUUAGGAAGAAAUUCGUUACUGUGUACGGAACUUUUGGUUCAAAACAAGUAAAAUUUAACAAACCAAUAGCAAGAGAAUUCGAGGCGAGGCUUAGCGAAUUUGUCUAUCUGGCACGAGCGCGUGAUCCCAUGGCAAAAACAAAUAUAUCAAGACCGCAACCACAACACACAGUACCAGCUUAUCAAGGUUAUUCUAUUCCAAGUGGCCCAUCAUAUUAUGCAGGUCCAGGUAACACACCAUACUAUCCACCACCAGAAAAAGAUCCAUCUUAUGACAGACAAAGUCAAUUUUGA